UUGGUCAUCAUCACCUACCAAUUUAUCAUGUUAAUUAAGAAGAAAAUGAGAUGAAGGACUCAUACUUCAAUAUUUUCUCUUCUCUAGUUUGUAUGUAUGUAUGUAAAUAGUCCAUAGUCUUCGUGAUUUUUUUUACUCUCAACGGCAUAUAUUAUAUUGUCUCGAUCACAGCUAGGUUUUGCGUGAACUGAUUAGUUAAGCAGCAUGGAAGAAGAAAGAAGGAAGAGAAAAUUAGAGAAUGAAGAAGAAAAUGAGGAGCAGAAGAUGGAAGAGUUCUUUGCCUUGGUAAAGAGGACAAAGGAUGUUCGCGAUCUUCUAUUUAAGGAGAACCCAGAUGAGAAGAUUGAGGCAAAAAAUAAAUCUUCUCUUAUUUGGAAUCCAACGUUUCAACCAGAAGACUUCAUUGAUUGUGGAGAUUUGGGAAAGAGUGAUCUUUCAGGCCCUUCAAAGAAAGAGAAAGAGUUGAUAGAGAAGAGAGAAGGUUUGCAAGAAGCAACAACAGCAGCGCUGGAAGCAGAAAAUAAUGAAGAGAAAGAGAAAGAAAGUGAAGAUUUAGACUUAAAUCUUACUCUAUAA